AUGGGGAACUUACCCAAGCUCAACAAUGUCUACAUUGUCAGUGGGUUAGCGACCAUCGGUGGCCUUGUCCAAGGCUUCGAUGUCUCAAGCAUGUCUGCCAUCAUUGGAACUGAUCAAUAUAAGGAAUACUUCCACAAACCGAACUCGGUUGCGCAGGGUGGUAUCACUGCCAGCAUGGCAGGUGGCUCUUUGCUUGGAUCUCUGAUCUCAUCAUGGACAAGCGAUCGAUACGGUCGCCGUGACUCUCUUUUUAUUGCCUGCAUAUUCUGGCUGUUUGGCUCGAUAUUGAUGUGUGCUGUGCAGGAUGUUGCUAUGUUAAUUGUCUCGCGCAUUAUCAAUGGAUUUGCUGUUGGAAUUCUCACCAGCCAAGGUCCGAUUUUGAUCGCUGAGAUCAGUCUCCCCCAUCAGCGUGGUAGACUGCUUAGCUUGCAACAAUGGAUGAUCACUUGGGGAAUAUUGAUUAUGUACUUUAUAUCCUACGGAUCAUCAUUUAUGAGCACCAAUGCAGCCUUUCGUCUUCCCUGGGGUCUACAAAUGAUCCCUGCUCUUGUUCUCCUCGCUUUCCUUCCUUUGAUGCCAAGGUCUCCCCGCUGGUUGGCCACACAAGACCGAUGGGAAGAAGCGGUGGAAGUUCUUGCACGACUACACGCCAAGGGCGAUACCCUUGCCCCUAUUGUCAUAGCACAGACUGCCGAGAUACGUGACAAGAUUGAACUCGAGCGCCAAUACCAAAGCACAUCUUGGAUGGAGGUGUUUAACUCUCGCAAUAUCAUCCGUGUUCACUGUGGUAUCUUCACGCAUAUUUGGUCCCAGCUCAGUGGAACAAAUGCAAUGAUGUACUACAUUGUCUAUAUCUUCCAGAUCGCUGGCCUGACGGGAAAUAACGCCCUUCUGUCUGCGACAAUUCAAUACAUCAUCAAUGUGGUCAUGACCCUCCCUGCUUUGAUAUUUAUUGAUCGCCUCCCGCGCCGCCGCCUUUUCAUUGCAGGUGCUCUUGGUAUGGCCGUUCUCCAAUUCACUCAAGGAGGCCUCAUGGCAUCAUAUGGCAAGUCUGUUCCCGGGGGCUUGAAAGGCUCCCCUACAGUUACCUGGCAAGUUACCAAUGGCAAAGCCUCCAAAGCAAUCAUCGCCUGUUCUUAUAUGUUCAUUGCUGUAUAUGCACCAACUUGGGGACCUCUAGGCUGGGCCUAUCCUCCCGAGAUUAUUCCUCUUUAUAUUCGCAGCAAAUCAGUCUCUUUGGCGACCUUUUUCAACUGGGCUUGUAACUUUGCUCUCACGUUCUUCACACCACCUGGGUUUCAACAUGUUCAAUGGAAGGUAUAUUGCAUUUUCGGAACAUUCUGUACAGUCGCCGCAAUCCACGUCUUCCUGCUUUUCCCAGAGACAUGUGGAAAGACUUUGGAGGAGAUUGAUGAAGUAUUCAAUGACCAAAAUAUCUGGGCGUUCAAAGCUAAACAUGAGCCGAGCCGGUUAAUCAUCGAUGUUGAACUAGCAAAGGAGGACUUAAGAGCCAGCAAAGUUGGUGUGAUACAAUUUGAGCAACCGAAAUAG